AUGGAUAAUGAUGCCGUGAUGGAAGGUAGCAGCUCCUUCGUACAGGUAGCGCCGCGGCUGCCUAGUACCGAGAGUGAAUAUACUUCCUCUUUGAUGCCCAAUGUCCUCCCGCCUGCCCGCGAGUUUCGAGAUAUCCAAGUCAAGGUGCAUAUUCGUCGACCUGAAAAGGACUCAUGGGCAUAUCUCGGUCGUGCUUUAGUGUCACAGGAAAUCGUAGGCCAGUCCUCUCGUGUCGUUGUACGCUCGUUGACAUCUAGCAAGGUGCUGGUCGCAUUCGGAGAGGUGUCCGAGCUCCAGGCCGAAAAACGCGGCAACUUCGUUGUCGUCGGCUGCGUGGAGGGUUCUCGGGUUAUCUCGUGGUCUUUGAACGCUGUGAACAAUACCGAAACGCUUCGCCUGCUUGCAAGCAUUGAACUAGCAUGCUAUCGUUGCAGGCUCGCCGUGGUUGAUCCACGAACCCAUACCAAGUCUCGUCGGCGCAUUGAGCGUGUCAUUAAAGAGGAUAGGCGCAGGAGACAUAGGCGUCGUAAGGACCAGGAUGCAAUGAUCGACGCAUUCCAACAACACCAUCUUGGCAAUGACGUGCCAGAAUCAUGA